GCGGUGGCGGCGGACGCACGGCGCGCUCCGGAGGUGCUCGUCCAGUGACGCCGGUCCGCACGAGCUACUGGAGAGAGCUCGUCCAGUGACGCCGGUCCGCACGAGCCACUGGAGAGAGCUCGUCCAGUGACUGACCUGUGCGCACGACUGUGUGGGGCUCGUCCAGUGAAAGCGGUUGGGCGCGAGUAAUUGAGUGCGACUCACCCAGCAGGAAAGAGCCGUAAUGGGGACUGAGUGGUGCUCAAUCCGGGCAGACGGCCCACGGGAGUGACCGGAUGGAGCCCACACAAUGACGACAAUCCAUGCGAUAAGCUGAGUGACGUUUGUCCGGUGACAACGGCUUCUGCGACGGCAGCGGACUGCAGUACCUGGCAGCAGCUCCUUCAGUAACCAUCGCAAGCUUGAAGUCCUCUGGGGGGGAUCACCAGCACCUGUGAGCGCGUGCGGCGGUAAGGGCUGCUGUCCUGUCUCAAGGAAGGUGCAACGCCGGCUGUGAAGGCUUCUCAUUCCUUGGUGUGAAGACACACCCGUCUACACCAUGUCACUACGCAAGCCAAGGCAGCGACGCUACAGCAUUCCACCUCUGGUGACCGAGGCCCCGGAAGAGCGCUGGUCUUCUGAGGAUGUCGGCAGACACAAGAGCCAGUUUCUGGGGGACCACGCACUGGACGCGCGAGAGGCAAAGAGAAAACUCUCUGAAGAGGAAGCAAACCCAUCGAAUCGCGCGAAAACCACCAGGCGAGAGGAAGGUAAGAAGCCCCAUCAUUCGUCGGUAGAUCAGCCAACUGAGAAAGGAAACACUUUCUUGGACGACCCGCUGACCAAGCCGCGACUCGCACAGUCCAUGGAAGGCGAGAGCACGGGUCAGCCGGCCGGAGAUGUGUGUCAUGGUCCCCUCGCACCCGGCAGCGGCAGCGCGACCCCCGCGGGCCGCUCCCCGCCAGCAGCCGGCCUGCAGGUGCAAGAGAUCGCGAGCGAGCAGUGGGAGGGACUAAUCUGCCCGCCUCUGGCCCGGCUGCGCAGCCAGCCGCCCUCCUUCCUCGUGCAGGAGGUGGACUCGGACGAAACGUGCAGCGACUCGGACAGCGAGGCGGCGCCUCGGCCCCGUCACGAUGACUCCGCGAUGCGCAUCGUAGAGGAGGAGACGCUCCACUUCGCCGCGGUGGAGGAGGAGCAGCAGGGCACCUGGGAGGAACCGCUCAGCGAGACGGACGACCUGGUCGUCUUCCCUGUGCGCGGUUCUCCUCGCUUUAUCGAAGUUCCGAACGAGAGGGCUGUGUUCUCCACGCUUCGGGCUAAUCGACGAGUCAUUGUGCCACUCCGGAGAUGCCUGUCGCCUAUGCCGGAGGAGACAUGUGAGGAAAUGGACUGCACCGACUCGCUUCCGUCGGAGACCCGAGCACGCGAGGAGGUGCACGAGGAUGCAGUGUGGAGCGAGUCACUGCCCGUGGAGACGCGCCUGCGAAAGGAACCGGGCAGGCAUGAAACAUGGAGCGAGUCACUUCCAGUGGAAUCACGGGUGCGAGAGAGGGUGGACGGACAUAAGGUGUGGAGCGAGUCACUGCCCGUGGAGACGCGCGUGCGAGAGGAACUGGCCAGGCAUGAAACAUCGAGCGAGUCGCUUCCAGUGGAAUCACGGGUGCGAGAAAAGGUACACGAACAUAAGGUGUGGAGCGAGUCACUGCCCGUGGAGACGCGCAUGCGAAAGGAACCGGCCAGGCAUGAAACAUCGAGCGAGUCACUUCCAGUGGAAUCACGGGUGCGAGAGAAGGUGGACGGACAUAGCGUGUGGAGCGAGUCACUGCCCGUGCAGACGCGCGUGCGAGAGAAACCGGCCAGGCAUGAAACAUCGAGCGAGUCGCUUCCAGUGGAAUCACGGGUGCGAGAAAAGGUACACGAACAUAAGGUGUGGAGCGAGUCACUGCCCGUGGAGACGCGCGUGCGAGAGGAACCGGCCAGGCAUGAAACAUGGAGCGAGUCACUUCCAGUGGAAUCACGGGUGCGAGAGAAGGUGGACGGACAUAAGGUGUGGAGCGAGUCACUGCCCGUGGAGACGCGCUUGCGAGAGGAACCGGCCAGGCAUGAAACAUGGAGCGAGUCACUUCCAGUGGAAUCCGGGGUGCGAGAGAAGGUGGACGGACAUAGCGUGUGGAGGCAGUCGCUUCCAGUGGAAUCCAGAACACGACGGCAUUUGGAAGGUGAAAACAAAUGGAGCGAGUCACUGCCUGCGCAGUCGCGCUUAAGGAUGGGAGCGGGUGGGCACAGCGUAUGUAGCGAGUCACUUCCGGUGGAGUCACGGGUGCGAGCGGAGGCGGACAAUGGCAAAGAGUGGAGCGAGUCACUGCCCGUCGAGUCACGAAUGCGAGUGGACAAAGGUCGGCCUACACGGUGGAGCGAGUCACUUCAUGCGGAGUCACGAGUACGAGAGGAGACGGAGUCACUUCCAGUAGAGUCACGGGUGCGAGAGGAAGCAGGCAGGGGUAAGGCGUGGAGCGAGUCUCUACCAGUGAGUGCCAGGGUCAGUACACCAGAACAGUGCACUGACUGCAGUACGGAUAGCGGUGUAUUCACGGAACAGAGUGACGGUAGGACACUGCAUGAAGUAGACAACUGGAGAAAGCCCGCAGUACCUGCCACCGAACAGCAGCUGUCCAGUGAAAACAUGACGGGCAACCUUCAAGGUGCACUGCCCGUCCAAAGGAAAUCGCCAUCAAGUGAACCACAGCAGGGAGCUUCCGAGCAAAUGGUGACGACGAUGAAGGGCCUGCAUCGUCACAAUACCGCGAAAGACAGAGCCAGCAUUUGUGACAGUCAACGGGUGCUACACCGCACGUCUGCAAACAAGGAUGAUGUCACACCAGUUGAGGUUUUAGAUCGCACAGACGAUAAGAAGUACAAUUUUAGCUCGUUAAAGGAGAAGCGUAGAGAAGCAAGGCUGGCCGAGAAGAACAAAAAAGAUCAGCUGCUGCGGGAAUCAUCCGCCAGUUCCACACAUAAAGUUCCACUUGCUUCCAAAGCCUCCAAACAUUACGAAGAGAAUCGUAAAGGCAAACCGGAUGUUGAGCAUAGUUCAAGCGAAGGCCGCUUGUGUAGCGGUGUCCACGAAGACAAACGCCACUCCCCAAUGUACGGUCUUAGUUCAACAAACGGGAGACGGACGUCCCCAAGGGAAGAAACAGCGUCGGGAAUCAACAGAACGGGAGCGAUACCACGUUCAUUUCAGACCAGCGCCACGGACAGCGCGACAAACCCAGAAGAUGUGGACACCAAAGCAGCCGUCGGCAGAGCACCCAAAGCAGACGCCGCUGAGGGUGCUGGAGACGGUGGGCGUCCGCAGCGAGGUGGCCUAGCCACCGGGACAGGACCAGACACGGCGACACAGGCCAGCUCACCGGCCGCUGGCAGCGGGCCGGAGUCGCCGCAGCAGAUCCUCGCUCGGCUGGAGGCGGAGCCCGGCUGGCAGACGGUGCGGCCCACCCGCGCGCCGCAACCACCCGACAACGGCGGCUGCCCAGAGAAGCCAUCGCUGAUCCCGCUGCGGGACUGCGAGUGUUACGUCACCGAGACGCUGGUGCUGGUCUCCGAAGGUAGCGGGUGGCCGCCACCCUCGCCGCUCUGGGUCGUCAAACCAUUCCUGUGCAACAAAUCGUCGCCUGAGGAUAGCACGUACAUGGACGGGACAGAGAUUGAGAGCAGUGAAGACCGGCUGAUCCAGCGCAGAGGUAACCAGCAUCGGCUGAUCAUCCCGCGCCUCAACUAUGUUGACGCCGGGCUGUACAAGCUCACGCUGAGCAACGACAGCGGCCAGGCCUCCACACAGUGCAACGUCCUCAUUAAGCCUCUGAGCGAGCUGAAAGCGCCACAUUUCUUCCGGCCGUUGGUAAGAAGCGCAGCAAAGGACGGCCAGGAAGCCAUAUUGACAACAGAAGUGCGAGGAUCGCCGCCACCCAGUGUUACCUGGCACAGGGGGUCGGUGGAGCUGAGGCCCAGCUCAACAGUGCGCAUCCGGCACGACCCGAGCACCUCACUGUGCGAGCUGCGCCUGCUGCGGCCGGACCUCGGAGCCGGAGCUGGAACGGGAGCAGGAACCGGAGAUGAAGCCGGCGACCGCUACUCCUGCCGAGCCGUCAACCGACACGGACAGGCACAGAUCUCGGUGGUGCUAGGGGGACCGGAACAGCUCGAGCCGUUCAGCCCGGGUGACGUCACCGCUGACCACGUGACGUCACGAGACACUCCACAUCCGCCCUCUGGCGCUGAGCUGCAGGAUUGCGUCACAUCGUCCGACGGCCCCACGCUUCAGGAGCAGCCGCAGCCGGCGCCGGACGACGCAGCCUCUGAGUCGCCGCCGUCGGAGCAGGCAGCGCCGUCGGUCGCCGCCGCCGCCCACUCGGAGGACAGAAGUCGCGGCGACGGUGCAGAGCCCGUGGCUGCGGACCCCCGGAGCCGCGAGCAGCGGAAGCCUAUCAGCUACCGGCCCAGACCGCUGCCAGCUGCCGGUGACACCAGCCGGACACUCAGACGAGAGGCCGCCAGUGUCAGAGGCGGGCACCGCCAGCCGGCUGCCGCGGCAGUCAUGAGCUCGGCCGAGGCGCUGGAUGCCGUGGAGGCGGAGGAAACUGCCCCGAAGGAGGCUACCGGGGAGGAGGCGGCCGCCGAUGCCCAGACAGAGGCCCCCGAGCAGGUCGACGGGGCUGUUGAAGCUGCCGACCAGCCGCCGGCCGCCCUGACCGAACUCUCGCCACCGCCGACCGAGGCGGCACCGGCCGAGGACCCUGCGCCGGCCGCCGCUGCGACCCCAGCCGACUCACCGCCGACCGCCGCUGCGAUCCCUGCCGAGUCACCUCCGGCCUCCGCUGCGACCCCUGCCGACUCACCGCCGGCCGCCGCUGCGACCCCUGCCGAUCCUCCCCCGGCCGCCGAUGCGAAGCCGACUGAGGCGGCUCCGGCCGCUGCCGAGGAGCCCUCUGGCGACCAGCCGCCGUCGGUGGAGGAGGCGCUGAGCGCCGUGCUGGUGGUGGCCGGCUGCCCGGGCCGGCUCGAGGGACGCAUCAGCGGCCACCCGAAGCCCAUCAUCGUCUGGCAGCGGGAUGGCGCCGCGCUCUGCCCGGACGGCGAGCGCGUGCGGCCGUACCACGAGGCGGACGGCACGUUCGGCCUGGAGCUGGCCGAGUGCCGUUCCGAGGAUGUGGGCACGUACACGGCCACGGCCAGCAACGCGGCCGGCCAGGCGGCAACGGAGGCCGCGCUCCAGCUGUUGGACACGAGCAUCAGCGGCAAGGAAUGGGCGCCUGACUUUACAACGCCGCUGCUGGGCGGCAAGGUGGACGAGGGUCAGUCGCUCGAGAUGGACACCCACAUCACCGGCGUGCCGAUCCCCGAGAUCAGCUGGAGCAAGGACGGCGUGCCUCUGGACGCCUCCGACCGGGUCUGCCCCGGCUUCGACGGCGACAAGGCUACACUCACUGUCAAGCCUGUGCUGGCUUCCGACGCCGGUAAAUACGAGAUCACCAUCCGCAACACUCUGGGGGAGGUCAGCUCGGCUGUACAGGUCAAGGUCAACAAAGUUUACUGCGUGCCCCAGUUCACGGAGAAGCUGACGGACGUCCAGCAGCUGGCCAGCCUGGACGCCAAGUUCAGCUGCAAGGUGAGCGGCACCCCGCGGCCCGACGUCCAGUGGCUCUUCAACGAGCAGCUGCUGAAGUCGUCCAAGAAGCACAAGAUCCGCCGGGACGAGGACGCCUGCACGCUGACGGUGCGCGACUGCGGCGAGCAAGACGCCGGCGCCUACACCUGCUGCGCCACUAACGUCGAGGGCACGUCCCAGGCGAUCGCCUCCCUCCAGCUGGUGGACAAACUGGAGCGUCGACCGAAGUCGGAGGCGCCGCUGUUCCUGAAGACGAUCGGCGACUGCGAGGUUUUCCCCGGCAUGCAGGCGCGCUUCACGGGCUGCGUGGCUGGCUUCCCGGAGCCAGAGUGCGAGUGGUACAGGAACGACGUGCGCCUCUACCCCAGUGACCGUAUCCUGAUGGAGGCGGACGGCUCCGGCCUGGUGCGGCUGACCCUGCGGACCGUGGACGACACGGACGCCGGCCGGUACCGGCUGCGCAUCCACAAUAGCGAGGGACAGGCGGCCUGCGAGGCCGACCUCACCUACGACUGCUUUGAGAUAUCGCCGACCAAGCCGCUGAAAGACCAGUAUCAGGCUCUGGAGAAGCAGCUCAAGUCGGGCAUCCCCAUGCCACUAGCCGAUCCUCCAAUCAUCUCGAGGAUGGUGGACCACCAGCUGACGUUGUCAUGGAGACCGUCCCCCGCCGCGGGCCAGCACAUACCGCCCACGUACACCGUAGAAAUGGCGAAGAUGCCGGAGGGAGACUUCGCCGUCAUCAACACCGGCGUGCGGGGCUGCUCGGUGGAGAUCAAACGGCUGGAGCCGCACUGCGACUACAAGUUCCGCGUCAUCGUGGAGAACAAGCACGGCGCCAGCGAGCCGUCACCGCACGCCGUGGCGCACAGGAACCACCUGGUGCCGGACCCGGACCCAGAGAACCCCUGUCUUCCGGCGAACGACCACUUCAGACCGGACAGCUCGCCGCUCUUUCCGCGCGGCUUCGACAUGGAGAAGUACUCCGCAGGCAAACCCCACCCGCCCACCUUCCUGCGACAGGAGAGCAACAUGCAGUUCGGCGUGAAGGGACGCGAUGCUCGACUCCGCUGGUACGUGUUCGGCCAUCCCCACCCGGACAUGCGGUUCACUUUCAACAACAACGAGAUCGAGAUGGCCGGCAGGUUCAGCUGCAGCUUCGGCAAUGACGGGCAGCUGACGCUCGUCAUCAGUAGCAUGCAGGAGCGCGACCAGGGCGUGUACGAGGCGCUGUGCACCAACAAGUACGGCGAGGCGAGACAGCGUGUCCUGCUGCGCCUGGCGGAGCCGCCUCGCUUCCUGCAGCACCCGGAGGAGACGACCGUCAUGCAGCGCGAGCAGGCGCGGUUCGAGGCGCGCGUCACCGGCGUGCCCAUACCGGAGAUCCGCUGGUACAAGGACUGGCAGCCGCUGGCCAAGUCGAAGCGCGUGCGGAUCUUGUGGCGCGAGCCGGACACCUGCAUCCUGCUGAUCAACAGCUGCCUGACGCCGCGCGACCGCGGCUUGUACUCGAUCACGGCCACCACUCCCGUCGGCACCACCACGGCCUCGGCGAUGCUGCACGUGGAGUACGACGAGUCCAUGUACAAGUACAUCUCGUACUCGCCGGCCCGCUCCGUCAAGCCCCGCAACAAGGCAUUCGAGGAUUUCUGCGACAUCGGCGAGGAGCUGGGCAGGGGCACCCAGGGCAUCGCCUACCACGUCAUACAGCGCUCCAAUGGCUGCAGCUUCGCGGCGAAGGCGAUGAACGGCAAGGGCGACUUGCGCCAGGCGAUGAACAGCGAGAUGUGGAUCAUGAACCAGCUGCACGACCGUCAGCUGGCACGCUUGUACGACGCGUACGAGUCGCCGCGCCAGCUGAUCCUCGUCCAGGAGCUGUGCAGCGGCGGUGACGUGCUGCACGUGCUCUGUCGUCAGCCCAGCUACAACGAGGCGGACGUGGCCAACGUCGUACGCCAGACGCUCUGGGGCCUGCAGCACAUGCACCUCAAGCACAUCGCGCACCUCUCACUCACGCCGGCCGACAUCCUGUUCUCGCGCCCUGGCGGUGACGAGGUGAAGCUGAUCGACUUCAGCCUGGCUCGCCACAUCAACCCGGGGCGCCCCGAGCGGCUCGACUUCGGUAUGCCCGAGUUCGUGGCUCCGGAGGUGGUGAACGGCGAGAGUGUGGGGCCGCCGGCCGAUAUCUGGUCGGUGGGCGUCAUCACCUACCUGCUGCUGUCGGGCACCUCCCCCUUUAGGGGCGACACGGACUGCGAAACUCUGAAGCGGAUCCAGUCAGGUGAGAUGCAGCACGACCUGGAGGCGUUCUCGCAGAUAUCGGCAGAGGCCAAGGACUUCAUCUCGCAGCUGCUGGUGUUCCAGCCGGCCGGCCGGCUGGACGUGCGUGCCGCGCUCAAGCAUCCAUGGCUGAAGUUUGCAGAGCGCACGCCCUCCUCGGUCAAGGACACGCCCUCCGAUCGGCUCAGGGCGUACAUGGAGAAGUUUAGGGCGUGGUACCGGAACGCCUCAUGCCGCACCUGGUUCCGGCGGCGGCCGCUGAGCUCGGCGAUGAGCCACCCCAGCGGCAUGGUGUACCCUCCGGACGUGGCCUACACGCCGCCGCCGUCGCCGGAGCCGGUGCGGCGCGAUAAGAACCCGCCGCCGGCCGCCGAGCAGGACGAGCCAGUGGACCCGCUGGAUGACGAGCUGGACUGGAUCGGCACCGAGAGCCAUUACCAGCAGGGUCCGGACACGUACCUGCUGCAGCUGCGCGACACUGGCCUGCCCUCCAGGCUGCGCGAAUACAUCAAGGUGGCGGCCGAACGCUCGCCCACCUUCGCCCAGAAGGGCUUCGACGAGCCGCUCUACGACAGGACUCUGCCGGUGCUGCACGAGCGGCGUCGUUUCACGGACAUCAUGGACGAGGAGAUCGACGACGAGCGCAAGUCGCGCAUCAACAAGUACAGCGCCGACGCCGGCCAUUACGUGCCGCGCCGACUGCGUUACGAGCUCGGCUCCCGCCCCAAGGCGCUGGCCGAGGCCGACGCCGUGCGGGAGAAGAAACGGCAGGGGCAGAUGCCGUUCUUGCGCGAGAAACCGUCCGACAUGGCCAUCCAAGACGGGGAAGUCUGCGAACUCUCAUGCCUGGCCGUGGGGAAUCCGAAGCCCAUCGUUCAGUGGUUCAGGAAUGACGUGGUGAUCGGCGAGACAAGGCGCAUCAAGCUGCUGGAGGACAGCAAGGGGCGCUCUCUACUGAGGCUACAGCCUGCCAAGGACUUUGACCACGGCGUCUACAAAGUGAUCGCCCGCAACAUGGUCGGGCAGACCGUGGCGAAGUGCCGUCUGUACAUGGGCUACGAGCCGGGAUCGUGCGACCUGCCUGACGUGGUCGACUACUCGGACAAGGAGGUACUGCUCCGAUGGAAGGUACCCGCUGACAACGGCCACGCGCCCAUUCUGGGCUACGGCCUGCAGUGCAAGCAGCUCAUCGAGCACCGCUGGACGGAUGUGGCGGACAACAUCGCCCACCAGUUCUUCUGCGUGCACGACCUCCAGCCCGAGUCCAACUACCACUUCCGACUGAGCGCGCGCAACAAGUUCGGCUGGGGCCCGCACAGCGUGCCCACUCCAACAGUCAGGACCCGCAAGGCAGGCUGGAGCCGGAGCGUGCAGUGCACCAAGGCGGAGAAGCUGCUGCAGCAGAUGACAGAAGCUGGCAGGGAGCCGGAUGACCUGGAGGCGCGGCCUGACCUGGACUACGAGGCCGAGGAGCACCCGGUGACCCUGACCGCGGGCUCGCCCGAGGAGACCUACUCGUUCCUGGCCGAGAUUCACAGGGGGAGGUUCUCCCUGGCGGCCAUGUGUGUCAACACCGAGACCAGCACCAUCCGCACGGCCAAGCUGCUGGACGCCUCCGAGGAACACCAGGAGGCGGCCGCCGCCGAGUUUGAGGCGCUCCGUGCACUGCGCAGCGAGAGGAUCGCCGCCCUGUACGACGCCUACAGAAUGGACAACAAGUACGUGCUGGUGAUGGAGAGCCUAGAGGGCCCGGACGUCCUCAACUACUUCCAGCAGCAGCACGAGUACACUGAGGAGAUGGUCGCUGUCGUCAUCAACCAGGUACUGGACGGCCUGCAGUACCUGCACUGGCGCGGCGUGGCGCACCUGGACCUGCAGCCCGACAACGUGGUGCUGGCAUCGGAGCGGCGGCUGAGCGUCAAGCUGGUGGACCUGGGCUCGGCACAGCGCGUGACACGGCUCGGCCGUAUGGUGCGCCGAGCCGGCCACCUCGAGUACACCGCGCCUGAGCUGCUGGUCGACGAGCCGGCUUUCCCGAUGACGGACGUCUGGUCGCUGGGCGUCAUCACCUACCUGCUCCUGUCGGGCGUGUCGCCCUUCUGUGGCGAAACGGAUGAGGAGACGCGCCAAAACAUCCUUUACGUGCGCUUCCGCUUCGAGCAUCUCCACAAGGAGAUCACCAACGAAGCCACGCGCUUCAUGAUGAUGCUCUUCAAGCGGGCGCCCAGUAAGCGACCGACGUGCGACCAGUGCUUGGAGCACCGCUGGCUGAUGUCGAUCGAGUACAUGCAGAAGAGCCGGGAGAGGGCCGUCUUCCUCGGCCACCGGCUCAAGGACUACUCGGAUCAGUACCACCGGGAGCGAGAGCGGCAGGCCACCCAGAGCACCGACCUGAUCGCCGCCUUCUCAAUGGACCUGCUGACCUGACCUGGCCUGGCGGGCCAUGCCGAGGCCAGGGAGGCGCUCAGCCACUCUAGCCCCAUCGGAUGUGUGAGGUGUGAGUAGUUAGUUCGUUGUUCAGCCCGGUUUUGUAAGCACAGGACCAGGCCAGUUUGCAUGUGUGCUGUAGUGUGGAAUACAGUGUGCCCUUUCA